AUGACCACCUCCUACGCACCCAACCGCCGCUUCGCACGCCCAGAGGCCCCUAGCGCAGAGUACCGCCACUUCAUGCAGACCUUCACCAGCCCGACGGCGCAGGAGCUGGAGGCGCACAUGCAGCACCAGGACCAGCAGCUCCUGCUGAUCGCGCGCACGCUCGACCGCACCCUGGCGGUGGCCUACGACGUCAACGAGGAGCUGGCCCGACAGGGCGAGCAGCUGCAGCGCGUCGAGAACAAGGUCGACACCACCAGCUCGGCCAUGGACUCCGGCACCGAUCGCAUCAAGAGCAUGCUCCGCCGGCAGAAGGAGCACUGGCGCACGGCCCUCCUCGGCUCGAGCGCGGCCAGCGCGGUCGCGGGCAUGGCCGUCGUGCUCAUCAUCCUCCUCUAG